ACACACACACACUCACACGCGCAUACAGAGCCGCAGUCAGACAGACGGUCUCUGCGCAGCAAACGGCAGGCAGGGAAAACAAAACUCUCCUCCCGCCGCUUCCAAACCAGCAACUGUCGUAGAAGUGAAGUCGACGCAAUGUUAAACACGAAAUGCCACCGUUGAGUGUGAGGAGACAGCUAACAACGAGGAAGAGGCUGCUCAAAGUGGCUCAACUGUGACAGCAGCUGGAGACAUUAACCCAAGGAUUUGUGGACCGCACGUGGAAGGCACCGCUGAAACACAUCGGAAGAGUGGAUCUCAUCCCCUCCACUUAAACUGCUCGCCAGCUGUUCACUCCUGCCCACUUCAAAGAUGAGUGCCAAGUCAGCCAUCAACAAGGAGGUCUUCACACCCCAUGAUGAGAAGAUGCUUGCUGCCGUGCAGGUGAAGCGGAGGACCAAGAAGAAGAUACCCUUCCUGGCCACGGGUGGUCAGGGAGACUACAUGACCUUCAUCUGCGUCUCAGUGACGAAUAAGAAACCCUCCCAUGUAUCCAUCACCAAGGUGAAGCAGUUCCAAGGAUCGUCCGCCUUCGUAAAAAGGUCGCAGUGGACAAUCGACCAGCUACGGCAGGUCAACGGCAUCGACCCGAACAAAGACUGUCCAGAGUUUGACCUGAUGUUUGAGAAUGCAUUUGACCAGUGGGUUGCUGGUUCAGCAGGAGAGAAGUGCACCUUCAUCCAGAUUCUUCACCACACCUGCCAGCGCUACAGCUCGGCGCGGAAACCAGAGUUUGUCAACUGUCAGUCCAAACUGCUGGGGGAAGACCAAGAUGUAGAUUCAGUCAUUUUCCGUUGCAAGGUCUAUUUGAACAAAAAGAGGAAAGAGUUUGUUGCACACCAUGGUCAUCUACUAAGACGAGGUAACAGUAUACUACACUCAGCUGCGGACAGUGUGACGAGUGCUGUACAGAAGGCCAGCCAGGCUCUGAAUGAGCGCGGCGAGCGAUUAGGUCGGGCCGAGGAGAGGACUGCAGACAUGAUGAACAGUGCUGAGCAGUUCGCUGUUACUGCACACAAGCUUGCCAUGAAGCACAAGUGUUAGACCACUGCCAAAACCAACUGGGCUGGGGGGGUUGUUACCAGUCGCUGUACAGGAGAAGGAUUCCAGAUUUUAUUCUUUUUAAAAGAUUUAAUAUGAUUACUAUUUGUUAACAAUGUUAACAUUUUAAUGUUUUGGGUUGUUGUAUUCUGGUGCAUCCUCUGAUGGUGACGCAUCGAGCAGGGGGGGGGGAGGAAGAGAGGUAACCGACGCUACUUCAGGCUGUCAGCAGAAUGUUUCAUGCUUCUGUUUGCCAAAAAAAUAAAGUCACAAGCCACACAGCCAUGACUGUAUCAGAUAACCACGACCACUCAACACACUUUUCAUAUGCUCAGAUACUAAUGUGAGAGUGCUCAUGCCGACAAGUCAUUAUCAGCAAUCACUCCAAGACAAGGAACAGCUUGUCUCGCCGGUUAUUAAUUGUGGAGAGUUAUUUAUGAGCACUGCAGUGAUUAAACAGUCUGAUUUAUGAGGGAUGGUGCCUCUCAUAGGUUUCACAGGUGUGACUUUGCAUUGUAAAGAUGGCCAAGAUUUUCUUACCUGAUAUUUACCCAGGUAAAUAUUUUAGAAAAACAUUUGUUUGAGAGGGAGAACAUUAAAGGGGACCUUGUAUUUUUUAACCUGGACCUUAUUUUUCCAUGUUUUUGUGUCUAUGUGACUGAUGGGAGCUUUUUUUUUU